AAGUAGAGAAAAUUGGAUCCAACUCAUCGACAUCUAGUAUCUGUCUCCUUGAACGGCCGAAGGGUCCAACGCCCGGCUAAGUUGCCGACUCACUUCACGGCGUCUCCCGCCGGCCAGCUCCAGGACGCAGCACGGAAGCACGUCUCAUCAGUUGUCUCCUUCUCGCCUCACGCCCGUCACCCGGUCGCCUGCACUCCGCCAUUUACCGGCCCUUCGGCGGUUCCGCCACUUUUCUGUUUUACUAUAUAAUAAUAUAGAUAGAUACUGUUUAUAUCAGAUUAUCAGGAGGUUAACAGCUUAUUUUCCUGCCCAUGGAGCCGAAGUCAGAUGAUAUGGACGUCGAGUCCCCCAAGAAGUCCUCUCCCCCUCGUCCCUGCCGCCGCUUUGUUUUCAAGACAUUAUCUCAGCGAAUUAAGGACAUUGAUAUAGAUGUAUACAAAAGUCUUGAUCCUAUGAAAACACAGCCAUCAGAGGGUUCUUCUUUUUUCCGUGAUUGUCUUGUGCAAUACAGAGAAUUAAAUACAGCAGAGGAUUUUAUAUCUUUUUAUGAAGAAAUGUUGCCCUUGGUACAAACACUACCUCAAAUUGUGCUGCAAAAGGAAUUAAUACUCUCGGAGCUUCUUUCCAGACUUCACAUGAAGGGUAGAUUAUCAGUUGAGCCAAUUUUAAGGCUUAUUGCAGCUUUAUCUAGAGACCUGGUGGAUGACUUCUUACCGUUUCUUCAUAGGGUUGCUAACUCUUUAGUGGCUCUUCUCCACAGUGGUGCUGACAGAGAACCAGAAAUAGUUGAGCAGAUUUUUACAUCAUGGUCAUGCAUUAUGAUGUACCUACAGAAGUACAUUACAAAAGAUGUUCUCCAUGUUCUGAAGGCUACAGUAAAGUUGAGAUACUUUCCCAAAGACUACGUGCAAGAAUUCAUGGCGGAGUCUGUAUCAUUCUUAUUGAGGAAUGCUUCCUUCCAGGAACUUAGAAGAGGAAUUCAACACUUAAUGACUGAAGUUGUGAAGAAACCAUCAUUGACGAGAAAGUCCGCAACUAGUUCCUUAAUAGCAUAUGCAAUGAGAGGAACUUCAUCAAGAUUUCAUUCAAAGGCUGGGCAAGUAUUGCGCCUUCUUAUUGGCAACUCCCUAUAUAGCAUAGACAGUCAUUUCGAUGGAGGUCCAGAAACUGUUCUUGAGGUUGUUGUUGGUGUUUUUCAGAGGCUAUGUGAGAAAAUGAACUCUAGUGAACUAAAGUUGAUGUGGGAUUGCUUAUUGAAGGGGAUAACCAACAAUGUUACUAGUGGUCAUCCUGUGCAUCUUUGUCGGCUUUUAUCCCUGCUUAUUUCUACUGUUCAAAAGAAAUUUGUGGGAAAAUUAUCUGAUUAUCAACAAAUUCUAGAAGUAAUCAGUUUGCUUGUACAGACCUACUAUGUGCCAUCUUCCACCCUGCACCCAAUGGAUCUGGCAACAGAGUUUUUUGACAAAAUUUUGUCAUUGAUGCUUUGUGUUGUUGAUGCUCUUCACAAAUCGAAUAACAUCUCAGAUCUGACCUGUGCCUCUUUGCAGUGGGCUCCUGUGUUUAGUUUGAGGAAUAAAAGCCUGCCUACAUUUCUGAAAGAAUUUCUAUCAAAGGACCCUGAUAUUCUCCAAUGUUUUCAAGCCAACAUUAUGAGUGCAUUAACUGAGUUACUAGAGAUUUCAGAGGAUGAGUUCAUAUAUUUGCUGUACAUUUUUUGUGAGAGAAUACCAGUACAUUGGAAGAGCUUCUUUGAUGGAAUACCUAAAGAGGAAGUCUCAAAAAUUCGUAGUUUCUUUGGAAAAGCUAUGGUAUUUUGGGUUCAGCACAUCAAAGAUAUGAAAGAGAAGGGGUUUCCUUCUGAACUUCAAGAGAAUAGUGUUGGACUUCUGUGGGGAAUCAUUGGUUGCUAUCCAUACAUGAAUGAUGGCAGAGCAAAUCCUUCCCUUCUUGUGGACUUGAUGUUUGCUAUAGAUGAUCUUCUAACUGUGAAAUCAGAUGUAUGUAGAAAUACAUGGCAAUGCUUGAUUGGUGCCACUUUGGGCUCUUUACUUAAAUUAGCAGACAUGCAAAGCGCUGCUCUUCUGGAGCCUGAAAUAAGUAAAUUCUUAGACCUGGCAAGAAGGCACAAUAGGUGUUCUCAGAUAUUGUCGGGAGUCGCUGAUAUUUUGGAUUCUAUUUAUGGAAAACAAGCCGAUACUCCUAUUGAGCAGUAUCAUCCAGAGCUUGUGGCAACUAAAGUAGCGAGUGCUCUGGAUAUAUUUUCUGAGAAUUUAUGCCACUGUAACAAGGAAGUCCGCCUUUCUACUCUAAGAAUCUUGAACCACUAUGAGCCUUUGUGUGAUGGAUAUUCCGCAAAUGAACAUGCUGAUAAUAAAAGGAGAAGUGAUGAUCAUCAAACCUGUGCUGCCGAUGAUCGCGGCAAUAAUGUUGUUCAGCUCCUUUUGUCAAUUGAAGAAUUGCCUCUAUCAAAUGCCACCAGCAGAAAAGUUGUACUACUUGUAUCUAAAAUACAGACAACUCUAUCAUCUGCAAGGGUACAUGAACAUUAUAUACCCACGGCUUUGUUUGGUGUAAUAGGGAUCAUCCACAACAAAUUCAAUGACUUACGAAGUCCAGCUUUGGAUUGCAUUUCUGUCUUACUUGGAAAGUACUUUGAGAUUCUUUGGGAUCGAUAUGUGAAGUACCUUGAUUUCUGCAUCUCUACUGCUUUGGGUCCUGAUGAUCAAACUUGUAAGGGAGGUAUUGAAUCCUGUGGUGAUGAUGAUGGUUUGGCUAGGCAGUUCUACUCUUACUGCUCUUCAUCGUCAUAUAGUACUUCAUCUGCAGAAGUUAUUUCAUUAUUAAUUCAAUCUUUACAAAGAGUUCCAUCUGUAGCUGAAUCUCGUUCUAGGCAAAUAAUACCUUUGUUCUUGAAAUUCAUUGGAUAUAAUGUUGAAGAACUUCUGAGCGUCGAAUCAUAUAACACACUGAAUUUGAAAGGGGAAGAGUGGAAGAAUGUCCUUAAAGAAUGGCUUAACUUAUUCAGGCUAAUGAGAAAUCCCAAGGCAUUUUACCACAAUCAGUUUCUCAAGGAUGUCUUACAAUACAGGCUUCUUGACGAGAGCGAUGCUGAGUUGCAGAUGAAAGUUCUUGAGUGCUUGAUGAAUUGGAAAGACACUUUUAUGCUCCCUUAUGAGCAGCAUCUAAAAAAUGUGAUCAGUGUAAAGAAUUUGAGAGAGGAGAUCACUACUUGGAGUUUGUCUAGGGAUUCACAUUUCAUCGAUGAACAGCAUAGAGGUUUCCUUGUGCCUAUUGUCAUCCGCAUACUUGCUCCAAAAGUGAGAAACUUAAAAACUCUUGCGUCUCGGAAGCAUGCAAGUGUAAACCUAAGGAAGGCAAUUCUUGGGUUUUUAGCUCAGCUUGACGUGGAGGAGUUGCCACUUUUCUUUUCCCUGUUAGUAAAGUCUCUUGUAGGAAAAGAGGCAGGGUUUGCUGGAAACAUUGAAUCUCUUUGGAAUGCACCCCAAUCCUUAAAUGAUGAAUAUAGCUCAUUUGGCGUCUUUAAGCAUUUUGUCUCAAUAAACACCAACAAAAAUUAUCUGAAGAAGAUAAAGAGCUUUCUGCAUGUAAUUGAGGAGACUGUGGCUGUUUUUGAUGAAACACGUAUUAGUCCGUUUCUUAAUUUGUUACUGGUAUGUGUUUCAUGUUUUUUGGAAAUCUGCACAUCAACUCUUGACAACGCGGAUAGUAGCCUGAUUGUUGUUAAUCACAGUGAUGCCGUCGACAGUAAAGCUAUGACACAAACAUCUAUAGAGAAGUCCAAGGAGUUGAGAUCUGCGUGCUUGAGGAUCAUUUCUUUUAUUCUUAAUAAGUAUGAAGGUCAUGAUUUUAGCUCCAGAUUCUGGGAUUCCUUUUUCAAGUCAGUGAAACCAUUAAUUGCUGGUUUCAAGCAGGAAGGCGCCAGUAGUGAGAAACCAAGCUCGUUAUUUUCUUGCUUUCUUGCAAUGAGCAGAAGUUACAAACUCGUACCAUUGCUGUUUAGAGAGAAGAAUCUUGUUCCAGAUAUAUUUGCUAUGUUAUCCAUUACAACAGCAUCCCAAGCUAUCGUUUGUUAUGUUCUUAAGUUCAUUGAGAACCUCUUGACUCUGGAUAAUGAACAGACCGAUGAGGAAAAACCUAUCAGGAAAUUACUGCUUCCUCACCUUGAUGUUCUUGUAUCCAGUUUGCAUUAUCUGUUUGUGAACGAUGGACCCAGAAAAAGGAAAUUCACCAAAUAUCCAGGAGAAAAUGAGCUGAAUGUUUUUAAGCUGUUAUCGAAGUACAUAGAUGAACCCUUAGCAGCAAAGAAGUAUGUUGAUGUUUUGCUUCCACUUUUAUCAAAGAAAUCUCAUACUUCUGAUAUAUGUAUGGGCACACUGCAGAUUAUUAGGCAUGUUGUCCGACCACUUGGGAAUGGAUGUGUCAAAAAUAUUCUCAAAUCAAUAUCUCCACUUCUUAUUUCUGGUGGUCCCGAUGUCCGGGGUUCUGUUUUCGAAGUUCUUGAUGCUCUUGCUGAAAAAGAUUCAACAUUACUUGCUUUGGCAAAACUUCUCCAUGAACUAAAUGCGACUUCAGCCUCAGAAAUGGGUGAACUUGAUUAUGAUACUAUAGUUGCUGCAUAUGAGAAGUUGAAUGUAGAUUUCUUCUACACUGCUGAAGAAGAGCAUGCAUUGAUGAUUUUGUCAAAUUCUGUAUGCGACAUGUCAUCUGAAGAUUUGAUUCUCAGACAGAGUGCAUUUAGAGUGUUGGCCUCUUUCAUCGUUUUUUCUGGUCAAACCCUUGAACUAGAAAUGAAACCUGACCAAAUUUGUUCUGGACCCUGGGUUGUGCACAUAAUAAACACCUUUCUCAUGAAGCACAUGGGACAUGCAAUGAACAAAGAAGGCUCAGUUAGAAAGGCAUGGAUUGAUCUACUACGUGAAAUGGUGUUGAAGCUUCACACAAUGACGGAAUUCAAAGCAUGUGUUGUUCUAUGCAGUGAAGAUCCAGAACAAGAUUUUUUUAACAAUGUUGUUCAUCUACAGAGGCAAAGAAGGGCUAGGGCUCUAUCUCGUUUCAGCAAUGCUGUCAAUUCUGGGAGUUUCUCAAAGGGUGUUGUGGACAGAGUUUUUGUACCUCUCAUUUUCAGUAUGUUAUUAGAUUUACAAAACAGCAAGGGGGAAAAUAUAAGAAGUGCUUGUAUAAAAGCUCUUGCAUCAUUAUCUAAGUGGUUGGACUGGAAAGCAUACUAUGGAUUACUUCUUAGAUGCUUUCGAGAGAUGACUCUAAAACAGGACAAACAAAAGGUUUUAAUGCGGCUUAUCUGUUCCAUUCUCGACCAAUUCCACUUUUCAGAAGCAAGUUCUCUUCAUGAAAUUGAAGGUUCUAUGGGACAUAUUCCAGAUGCUGACACCAGUAAUGAAGUAUCUACAAUGUCAGGCACCUAUACUAGAUGUGGUAACUGUUCUUCGGUUCAGAUUUGUCUUCAAAAAGAUGUGCUUCCUAGGGUACAAAAGUUCCUGGUGUCUGAUUCUGAAAAUGUCAAUGUAACAAUUAGUUUAGUUGCCCUCAAGGUCCUUAAGUUACUUCCAGGUGACAUCAUGGAACUGCAACUUCCAAGUAUCCUACAUCGUAUUUCUAACUUCCUCAAGAAUCGUCUGGAAAGUGUGCGCGAUGAAGCUAGAUCUGCCUUGGCAGCUUGCUUAAAAGAGCUGGGAUUGGAAUACCUGCAAUUUAUCAUUAAAGUCUUGAGGGGCACCUUGAAAAGAGGGUUCGAGUUGCAUGUUUUGGGAUACACGUUGAAUUUUAUAUUGACAAAAUUUCUACUAAAUCCUACUAGCCUUAACUUGGACUAUUGUUUGGAAGAUCUUCUUUAUGUUGUGGAGAAUGAUAUUCUUGGGGAUGUUUCAGAAGAAAAAGAAGUGGAGAAGAUUGCUUCAAAAAUGAAAGAGACUAGAAAGCAGAAGUCCUACGAGACCCUCAAGAUGAUUGCUCAGAACAUCACUUUCAAAGCCCAUGCCAUAAAGCUACUUUCACCUGUUACCAUACAUCUACAGAAGCAUUUGAGUCCAAAAGUGAAGCCAAAAUUGGAGAACAUGCUGAAACAUAUCGCUGCUGGUAUUCAAUGCAACCCAUCAGUGAAUCAGAAGGAACUCUUUGUGUUUGUAUAUGGUCUCAUAAAAGAUGGCCUAACUGAUGAACAUUUUGGUCGUGAAAGCCUACAAGAUAAAGAUGCAGCGAGGGAUGAAAACACUAAUUCAAAUAGAUUGGUCAAUGUUGACAGGCAAUAUUCUUAUUUGAUUACAGAAUUUGCUCUUGGGGUACUGCAGAACUACCUGAGAAACAUGAAAUUAGACAAAGGGGAUGAAAAGUUGUUAUCAAUGGUAGACCCUUUUGUAAGGCUCUUAGGGAAUUGUUUAAGUUCAAAAUAUGAAAAUAUCAUAUUUGCAUCACUAAAAUCUCUAUAUUCAAUAGUGAGGCUACCUUUGCCAUCCCUUGAAAAUGAGGCUGACCAUAUAAAGAAUUCAUUGUUGGAUAUUGCUCAAGGUUCAGUAAAUGGCAGCACUCCAUUGAUGGAAUCAUGCACUAAACUGCUAACACUGCUUUUGCGUAUGACCAAAAUGACCCUUUCUGAAGCUCAACUUCAAUCACUUGUUCAAUUCCCUGUUUUUGUUGAUCUCGAAAGAAAUCCUUCUUUUGUGGCCCUCUCGCUACUGAAAGCUAUAAUAAACCGAAAGUUGGUGGUUCCUGAAAUAUAUGAUGUUGUCAAGAGGGUUUCAGAAUUGAUGGUUACUAGUCAGGUUGAAUCAAUCCGCAGGAAGUGCAGUCAGAUUUUACUGCAGUUUUUACUUCGCUAUCAGAUUUCUAAGAAACGUUUUCAACAACAUCUUGAUCUUUUACUUGCAAAUCUGAGAUAUGAACAUUCAACUGGCAGGGAGGCUGUUCUUGAAAUGAUUCAUGUUAUCAUAAAGAAAUUCCCAACCAUAAUAGAUGAGCAAUCUCAGACUAUUUUCAUGCAUCUAGUAAUAUGCUUGGCUAAUGACCAAGAUAACAAAGUCAGAUCUAUGGCUGGUGCAGCUAUAAAGCGACUUGCAGGGCAUGUGAACUCUCAUUCACUUAAGUCUAUUCUUGAGUUUAGCUUUUCUUGGUAUCUGGGUGGGAAACAGCAUUUAUGGAGCUCUGCGGCACAGGUUUUGGGGUUACUGGUGGAAGUGAUGGGGAACAGCUUUCAGGAGCAUGUUGCUCAAGUUUUGCCUGUAAUUGGAAAUAUCUUGCAAUCUGCUGCUAAUGUUAUAAUAAAUAAACAGUUGUGCAUAUCUGAUGAAGCAAUUCCCCUCUGGAAAGAAGUAUAUUAUUCAUUGGUUUUGUUAGAGAAGAUUCUGCAUCAAUUUAUUUCGUUGUGCUUCUCAAAAGAGCUUGAGGAUACGUGGGAAACAAUCUGUGACUUCCUUCUAUAUCCGCACAUAUGGGUGCGCAACAUAUCGUGCCGCCUUAUAGCUUUGUACUUCGCCAGAGUGGCUGAGUGUUACAAAGAAACUGAAGUGCUUGAGUCGUUUUCCUUAAUGGGACCGAGUAGACUCUUCCACAUUGCCGUUUCUCUUAUAUCUCAACUGAAUGUGCAGCCAGUUGAUGAUGCUGCUGGGACCCUGAUUUCACAAAAUCUCAUAUUUGCCAUUUGUCAUUUACAUGGAUUACUAGUAGGCUCCAAACAUGAUGGUGGUGAUUCUGCCUUUGGACCUGAUGAACAAAGCCGCUUAGUAAAAGCCUUUAAUUUACUUGAUCCAAAAAAGGGAAGGAGCAUAUAUACAUCUUUCAACUUUCAUCUCAACGACAGUGUACAUAAAGCUGAGUACCAAGGCUCUAUUCUUAUCACCAACUUGCUUAAGCGAAUGGGGAAGAUUCCUAUUCAGAUGGAAGCAGUGCAGGCGAGAGUUGUGCUCAAUUCUUUCAAAGCAAUUUCAACAAAACUCAUUGACCAAUCAAAGGUAUUAACCUCUGAAGGCGAGGUUGACUGCCAGAGCUAUGCACAUCAGUUGCUGCUACCUCUUUACAAAAUUUGUGAAGGACUUGCCGGGAAAGUAAUUUCAGAUGAUGUGAAGCAAUUAGCUCAAGAAGUUUGUGAAACUGUACAAAAAGUUGUUGGAAGGCAGACAUAUUUUAGAGUGUACGGACAAAUAGGUAAAGGUCUCAAGGCAAAAAGGGACAAAAGGAAACAAGAAGAGAAAGUUAUGGCUGUUGUAAAUCCAAUGCAAAACGCCAAGAGGAAGAUGAGAAUUGCUUCUAAGAGUAAAGCUAAUAAGAGGAGGAAAAUAAUGUCGAUGAAGAUGACAAGAUGGAUGCGGUAGGCGGGAGCACACACGGGAGUAGUGUGCUCGUGUCCAUCCAAUUUUGCCUUCCUCAAGAUGCAAAUCACAAUCACUUGCAGUUCAUGAUCUGGUUUUCUUCAAGGGUGCAUCCUUCUUUCUUUCUGUUGAUUGGCUUUGGUGAGGUGUCUUUGACCAACCAUAAGCGGUGGCGCUUGAGAUCCAAAACUCGCCUCUGACAUGCUCGACACUAGCGUAUGACCUAACAGUGAUUCUCAUGUUAGGUUAUCAUUUGGAAUGCCAUUUUUGCUACAAUUGCUCAUGAUAUUAUUUUAAUUUUGUAAAUUCAUAGGUAGUAAUGAGUAGUACAUAGUAUCAAGUCUUAUGGGCAGGGGCAGAGUCAGAGCACUAGGACGGACUGAGCCGGUAGCAAGAAAACUUUUUGAAAUUUGGGGUGGGCCAUGGCCUAGGUUGGCCCACCCCUAGCUCCGCCCAUGCUUAUGGGGGAUAUAGACUGCAGAGAAGGCCAUGCAAAUGGUGAGAAUGUUAAGUAAUAGAACUUUUAUGUGCAAUGAAAUUUUGACAAUAACAAUCCGAGUAGAACUGGUUACUUUAAGUAUCUUGCUACCAAUUUUUUCAAAAUUUUCUUAGAAAAAUACCCCGUGAGUCCGUGACUAAUAACUUGCUACUUAAGGCAGAUUAUAAUAGUGCACAUUCGUUCUUUUUGACACUGCGUGGUUUUUCAUAUCUAAUUAUGGACAUAUCGUUGGAGUUCAGUUUAAAUGGAGUGAUUUUGAUUA